AGCAAGGAUGGAAGUGGUGCCAAAAGAUCUGAAUAAUAUUAGAGCAUGUAUGAUGUGCUCUCUGCUAAAAAAUACUGAACAGUUUAUCAUUGACGGUUGUGAUAAUUGUGAUCAAUGGUUGAGUUUAAAGAACAACAGAGAGCGUGUUCUAGAAUGUACCUCUCCAAACUACGAGGGUAUGAUAUCUCUCACUAACCCAGAUGAAAGCUGGGUAGCUAGAUGGCAGGGCAUCAGAGGCCUCGUACGAGGAAUGUACGCUAUCUCAGUAAUGGGCAAGAUGCCCUCACACAUUCAGAGAGAGCUGGAGAGACAGGGCAGAAAAUACAAGAGCAGGGAUCUUGGGAUGAAAUAAUCAGAUAGUGCACAAUUAAAUAACUUUAAGUACUUACAUUGCAUUGGGAGAGAACAGAGAGCUGUAGGGAAGCUUGCGGAGGAGGUGAAUGACGAAAGAUUGUUUUAUUUGUGAGAUUGUUAACAAAAUAUUUGUAAGAAUUUAAGGUUGAGACAUUUCACAUUGCUGGGGCCCAUGUCAGAACCUAAUCCCGUUAAGAUGUUGACCUUAUUGAAUAUUGAUAGAUUUUCUUCAAGCGAGAA